AUGGGGAAAAAGCAGAUUUGGCAAAGGCAAAAUACUCCUUUUGAGUCCUAACCAGUAGUAACCAUCUGUAAGGUAAAGAAGAGGCAAAAGGGUUUCUCUAUUUCAGGCUUGUUGGUGGAUAUGCCUCAUCCACUAUUUAUCUGUUAAUGGUAAAAGGGGUUUUAGUGUUUGUUUGCUACUAUAGGCUAUGAAGAUGAGUGUGUUGGAAUUUGGAAUCUGAAAUUUGUUGGUUUGCUCUUUACUUGAUCGUUAACUUCCAUUUUCAACUGGAAAAUCAAGUUUCUUUCUGCAGUUUGAUCUCUUGUUUGAUUGAAAUUUUGGGGCUUUUGUGGGUGUGGCAGAAGAAAAAGGGUAAAAACUAUACUGGGUUUUUCUGAACUUUGCUUAAAUUUUGGGUUUCAAUGGAUUUUGAUGGGAAGAAUUGAUUGUUGAGGUAUUUGGUUAGUUUUGGGUGUUGUGUUGUUAAGGGGAAAUAUGGAAGAAGAUAAGGCAGCUUUUGUUGGGAAUAGCAUUAGUGAAGAAAAGACUGUGUUUUCAGAAAUGGAAGUGGAAACUGCUGACAUGGAAAUAUCUGAUCGGAACGAUGAGAAUGUAGUUUUGCCGUCUGAGAAAGGUGAGGGAAGUAAUGGAAAUGUUGUAUUUUCAAGAGAAGCUCCACUUGUACAUAAGGACUUCAGAUCAUCUGUCGUUGCAGGAGGUUGUAGUUGUGGAGUUAAUAAGAUUAAAUCAGGGAUAGCUAUCUCUGACUUGGAACUUGGGAAAAGUGAGAAAUCAGGUCUUGAAAAGAAGCUUAGCAGACAAAAUAGGAUUGAGUUGGGGCGCUUGUUCCAGGGUGCUGUGAGUGACCAUGAUUGGGAGUUGGCUGAGAGUUUGAUCCUAUUGGCUGAUCCCCAGACACUGAAUGAUGCGUUAUGCAUUGGUUUGGAUUCAAUCUGGUUCUUAAGUAAUCAAGAUGAGUUGUACGGGAUAACAGGUUUGAUUAAAAAGAUCAUCGCUAAUGGUGCAUACGACUUCACUCGGGCUGCACUAAGGACUUCAUUUCUUGCUUCGUGUGUUUCUGCUUGCCAGAGUCGAACAAUGGGCCUUGCAGAUACUGUCACUGUAAUGGCACAAAGCAGGUUGCAUGAACGACUACAAGAAUGCAGCGGAGAUGAAAUCUUGAAGGCUGAAGCUGGUGCUAAGGUUCAGAAGUUCACUGAAUGGGCUCUUAAAUGUAUAGGUUUCCAUUCCCGCUGCCAAGGAAAGAGAGAUACGGUUGGGCAUAACUCUGCUGUUGAAAUACAAUUGCAGUUAUCAGCUUUCAAAACUUUCCUGGAUCUUGCCGGCAACCACCUUACUGGGAAGGACUUUACAGAAGCAUUUGAUGCAGCUUGCUUUCCGCUUACACUAUUCUCUAGUUCAUUUGAUACUUGCUGGGCAUCAGGAAUUUCAGCUACUGCAAUCCAAGGAUUGCUCGGCAUGUUGGUGGAUGGGGGUGCCGACAAUGUCAAUCAGUGCUUUCUUGAAGCAUCGCGUUUUGGGAGCACAGAGCUGGUCCGCAUUCUUUUGCAGAUUGCUCAAAGGAACAGCUUGGAUGUUGAUGUUGAACUGGCUUUGGGGUUUGCUUCCCAUUACAGUAAAAUUGGAACCAUGGAAUGUUUAGUGGAAGAGGGGAAUGCAAUGUCUUUCUUGGGCCCUCUGAUGAGAGCUGCUGAGAGGGGAUGCAUGCAGGUUGUUGAAUGGUUUGUCAAAAGGGGAUGCAGGGACAUGGAACUAUGCCUGGCUCUUACAGCUGCGACCUCCAGUAGUCAGGUUGCAGUUGCCGCGUAUCUCCUUCCUCACGUACCUAAGCAUGUUCUUGCUGCCCUCAGCAUCGAGAUUCUUAAGGCUGCUGGUGAGAGAAGCAGUGGGUCUCUUGAUGGGGUAGCAUUUCUUCUGCAUUCAGACUUCCUCGGUGAUCCUGUUGCCACUUAUGCUGUUGCCGACAGUAUAGCUAAGUCUGAUGAUGAUGCUGUUGCUCCUGGUCUGAGGAGUUUCCUUCGGGAACAUUGGUCGGAAGCUGCCUUCUCAGAUGGACUGCAGCAAGGAAAAGAACACUACUUAAACUUUGUGCGUAUUGUAAACUGUGGUGAAUCUCCUAUCUGUUUGAAGGAUCUUCCUGGGCCCUUGAGGGUAGCAAUAGCAUACCUGCCACUGUAUAGAGAAAGUGUCAAGGUAGGGGGAUGUUGCUUGUUAUCUCAAAGACUUAGAGGACAGCUUGUGGAAGCAGCCAAAAGGCUUGGUGGUGUAGUACUGGAAGAGGCAAACCAAGGAAAAGAAUUAGUGGCUGUCUUGGAGCAUCAUCUUCCACCAUUUUUGCUAAAUGCAUCAAGUGCUGCUUAUUAGAAGCUCUGAAAUUUUCACCCCCCCCCCCCCCUAUCUCCCUUCACAAGUAUAAUAACACAUAGUUGGGUUGAAAGUGAGGAAGAAACCUCCAAGGUUGAUCAAUUUUCUUACUGAACAAGUAGGUCGGCUUAUAGUUUACAUAUCUGCGCGGAGUCUGAAAAGAUGCAUACUUAAAUGUGUUGAUUUUAUGUAAACUACAUUCAGAAGGGCUAGUAACUCAAAUGUUCAUUGUAUAUUGGCUGGUGCCCUGCUGUUUUUUUUUCAUCUUGUCCUUGGUGAUCUUGUUUGAAGAGUCGAUUACAUGGACAUGGAUGUAGAAAAGGAAUUCAUCAAACAGUAGACAUUUA